GUUGAUAACAGCUUAAUUAACAUAAUACAUUUUUUAACUUCCUAAACAAGAAAGUUGUAUGUAUUAGAACUGAUGUACAUGUCUAAAAAGAUAUAACAAAAUAUAUAAAAUUAUUUAAAACCGUUCUAUGAAAAUAUAUAAUAAAAAUAUUUGUAAUGAUACCAUCACACUGAUCUUCAACGUAACCUUACUUUAUGCGAUAGCAGUAUCAUUUUCGCUCCCUAAUACUUCAAAUUUUUAUAUUUGUUCUAACGCUUUAUACAAAAAUGAGUUCUCGAGGUAAAGUGGAAACGGAAAAGUUAAGAAAAAAUCUAGAAGCACAAUUGGACAGACUAGUACAGCAAUUGGAAGAUAUAGAAGAAAACCGGAAUUUAUUAGAUGCAGAUGCUUAUGAAGAAGCCAUGCAACUUACGAAGGAAGAUUUACAAGAGUUUAAUGAUACUUUACAACGAAUGAUAUCAGGAGAUACAACAUUAGUUGAUGAACUAAGUUCAAUACAGUUGGCAACUCAGUCAGCAAUCAGUGAAGCAUUUAAAACUCCUGCUGUUAUUAGAAUGUUUGGCAAGCGAGAAACAACACAACUUAGAGCACGUCUAGCUCAAAUUGAUUGUGAUAUGAAACUUGGAAAACUGAAUAGGGAAGCUAGUGAUCGCCAACGUGGAGAAGUACUAAAUGCAUUAAGACAACUUGGAGAAAAACUGGAACCUCAAGAAUUACAAUUAUUAGAAAAAUUAAGGCUGAAUAGUAUUGAUGCAACAAGUUAUGUGCAAGUAACUGAAAAUGCAGAGAAAGGUCGGAUGGCUAUGACAGUAGUAGGUGAUGAAGUUAGAACUCAGAACACCUAGAUUUUUAUAGUUAUGUAAAUUCUUUAUAAAAUAUAUAAUGAAUGGUUUAAACAGUUAAUAACUAUAAUAUAAUUUGUAAAAAGGUAACGAAAUUUGACAAAAAUAAGGUGUUAUUUUAUAAACAUAACGUCAUUUUGAUACAUUGAUAUGUAUAUUAAGUAAUAACGAAUGUUUACUAUUGUUUUCAAAUUUUAAUACAAUUAUUUUUUAUUAUAAAUAGAGGGUCGUAAA